AUGGUGGCUCUGAGCCCGCUGCUUCACUCUUGGUGGUCCAAAGGGUAUUAUUUUGCCUUCAAGUACCUCGGAUCUGCCCCCGCCGAAGCCCCCUCUAGUCUGGCUGUGAUCACGCUUCAGUUUCGAUGGAUGCCUCGAAGUUCAGUCCAAAACGGAAUCCACAUCGUCAAGCUUGAAGAUCAAAGAGACCCCAGGAAGGGCUUGCUUGCUCAACUCAGUCACCACUAUGGCGAUGGAGUCUCGACUGCGUGCGGCGACACUGAAGGAUGUACCGACUGUUAUCGCACCUCCCUCGUUGGCGUCACCAAUUUCGAAACGAAUCAUCGCAUUUGUUCGGGCGACAUCAUCAAGGUCAGGCGUGAGGCCAAGUAUGUGGAUGAAUUCAAAUCGAUGAUUGACCUUCAAUGGGCGCUCAUCUGCACAGCGGCGAUGUCGGGUGCUGCGGGAACUCCUGAACUUCUCCGGGGACUUGACGAUGAACUCUCAGCUGAUGAUGAGAUGGUCGAAGAGUGGAGAAAAGGCGUGGUACAAGGGGAAUUGGACGACUCAAAAGGAUGUAAAGCUUAUUUUUAUAUAUAA